ACACUCUCGCUAUCUAUCUCUCUCUCUCUCUCUCUCUCUCUCUCUCUCUCUCUCUCUCGCGCGCGCCUUCUCUUAUCUGCACACAUUUGCAUUGCCGUCCGUCUUCGUCUUCUGGCGCGACGCAUGGUUUUCUCGAGCACGCAGCUGGGUCGAAGAGGUCUGGACCGAAUUGGACCGCGCUGCGCUGGGGUUGCUGCGCGCUGGAGCGCAAUCUGCUGAUUCCCGGUGCCCAUUCGCUGGUGUCCUCACGUUCGUCGUUGCUAUCGUUGCUGCCGUUGCUGCCGCCGAAGAGCUCCGUAUGCAGCAGACUCGUCGUUAGUGGAGCUUUGUGUUGCGGCUUUUCGAUUAUUAGGUUCGGUCGUUGUAGAACGGGGGUCUCGGGGCGGGGAAGUGAACGGAGCAGAGCUUCGUCGUCGCCAUCAGGAGCACAUUUGCCCGUGUCCAAGUAAUGCAUUCCAACGUUUGCCCAUUCCAACGUUUUCUGAUCUUACCUUACAGAAGUGCGUCCCUCUCACGCGGUUCCGCAAGCACUGGCAGAGUGCGAACGACGACCGAACGCACUCGGACCCUAAUUGGAAGCAAGCGAGCGAGCGAGCAAGCGAGCAGCGAACGCACCAAUAGGAGAGUCGAGUGAAACGCCCAUGGCGAGAGAAGCUCACGGGGAAGGGGGUCGGGCAUUGGGCGCAGUUGCAAGGCGCGGGCUCGAGCGGCGAUCAGGAGAGUCGCAGGGCGCGGGCGGCGGACGUAAUGCCGGCGGAGAGCGGCGCGACGGCGGCGGUGGUGAGCAGCCGCGCGACGAAGAACGACGCCAAGGCCAUCGAGCAGGCGACGAAGGCGCUGAUCACGUCGCAGAUCCGCGCGCCCUUCUACGACGUGCACGAGGACAUUCUGAUGCUGCUCAAGCAGUGCCUGCUGGCGGACCAACGUGGCUUCUGCACCAGCGCCCUGAGCGGCCACGUGGACCACUUCGAGAGCCUGCACGACGACGACUUCGGGUGGGGCUGCGGCUGGCGCAACAUUCAGAUUAUGUGCUCGUUCCUGCUCUCGCAGGACUGCGAGGCCAAGGACGCCUUGUUCCACGGCGCCGGAUUCGUCCCCGACAUUCCGGCGCUGCAGCGCUGGCUCGAGAUCGCCUGGAUGAAGGGCUUCGACACGUCGGGCGCCGAGUACUUCAACUGGCAGAUUUCCGGCACCAAAAAGUGGAUCGGAACCACCGAGUGCGCCGCGCUGCUCCGCUCCUUCGGCGUCCGCGCCAUGAUCGUCAGCUUCACGGGGCUCAGCGGCGAGCAGCCGGAACCCUCCUGCGGCGGUUUGUCGGUCUCCGGCGGCGGCGGCGGCGGCGACGGCAAGGAGCCGGAUAAAGUGCUCAAGCGCCCGCUCCGCAAGUCGAAUUCCGCCGACCUCCCGGACGACGAGACGCAAACCGUGGAUCCGACCCUGACGGAACUGCAGAGAUCCAGCAUCGACUGCCAGGAAUGCGGCGAGAGCUCCCCUCACGGGACCUCCCGCAAGAGCGUCCUCGACGAGGACUACGAUCUGUGCUGCAAUUGCAUGGAGAAGGCUCGCAUUGCGGACGACGACGAUGGCGCUCCCUCCGAUGGGGCGACGACGAAGAAGCGCGAGCAGGAGAAGCAGGAGAAGCAGGAGAAGAAGUCCGAGUGCCAGAAGGAUUCGGUCGUGGUCUCCGCGUGCGCCGCCGAGCCCGAAGAGAAAGAGGAAGGAGAGGAAUCCGAAAUCGACUCGACGAUGAACGAAAUUCGCGACUCGUUCAACGACGACGUGCACUGGGGCAUCAAAUGCAGCGGCUGCGAAACGAAGCCCAUUCGCGGCGCGCGGUACAGGAGCUUGGUGAACAAAGAGUGUGAUUAUUGCGGUGAGUGUCUGAAGGGCAUUCUGGCCAAGGCCAACGGCGAGAACGGCACGCACGAGAAUUUCAUCACCGUGCAGAAGAUUCCUGCCAGCCGACUUCCCGACGAUUCCCCACCCCGAGGCGGGAAAGAUGUGCAGAACAGGAAGAAGGCCGGAACCGGAGAAAAUGAAAACAGUUGGCAGCUGGCUGACAAGAGCAUCAACCAUUAUCAUCUGAUCGAGUGGGUGUGGAGCUACUUUUCCGGUGAAUCGUCCUACCGUAGCACCCCGGACUCGCCGUAUCCGAGACAGCCUGUUGUGAUGAGCAAUCGAUCACCCCUGUACUUCCAGCAUCGAGGCCAUUCACGAACAAUCGUAGGCAUUGAGCACCGGCAACUGAGUGACAACUCAGAGGAAAUCAAUCUUCUCAUUCUGGAUCCUUCCCAGAGCUCGGAGUACUUGGCCAAAACCCUGCGAGAGAAAAGGGGAUGGAAGAAACUGAUUGGACACGACGUGCAUACUCUGAAACAAUCUGAGUACCAGCUGUGCUAUGCAGAACGCGGGAUCGCCCAAGGCGAAGAGUUGGAAAACCUCAAAGUCCUCAACAGCCUUAAUUAUUCUACCUACACAACUAGAAGGAAGAAGAGGAAGUGAUCUUUCUUCCGGCAAAAGAGAAGUCGCAUGGCACGGGGCUGGAAGGGAACGCCUGCCUUUUAGUGUAUAGAGUUCUUCUUGGAAGUGCUGUGGUCCCGAUUGCUGCUAUUUGAAAUUCUUCUUUCUUAGUGGCAGUAACCGAUCGGCCAAUCUCCUCCUUCUUGUAUGUUCUCAAGAUCAUUCUCACAAUGCUUUUAAGUCGCCACAGAGUUGGAAGGUAAAGAGUACAUUGAAGAUGGAAGAAAUGGAUUUUGGAAUUCUGCAUUUCGAGAAAGCAAUGUCUCGCUAGAAAGUCCGUCCACGACAAGUGAAUUCCAAGUAGAAAAUCAUAGUUCCAAUUCAUAGUAGAUAUGUAACGGAACAUAUUUUUGUGCCGACCAAUUCUUAGCCUGUCUAAUUACACCAUUGAAUUAAGGUAGAUUAGGCCAAAUGGUCCGCCGUGUUGGUAGAAGCGGAAAUUUCUUCCAUCUGUAGCUCUAGUUCUCGUGCACGGAUCUUUUUGAAAAUCAUUGUCCAGCAGAGGCUGUUUUGAUAGGAGUGAGGAGAAAAUAGGCCAUGCUUCGAUGCUUUGUACAGCCGGAGAAGCAAGAGAUCGCUUCAACCACUACCUUGUGUGUAUGAUAGAUUGUCGCAUCCACAUUUUGGACACUUGUAAAGAUUCUGAAGUGCUGUUGUCAAGCACGCGACUUCAUCUUCCAUCUCUGCGCUCUGAGUAC